AGCGAAAAAGAACUUCUUGAAAAAAAAAGUUUAGUAGCAUAAAAGGAUCUGGAAGAAUUUUUAAUUAAAAAAGAAAAACAAAAUUUGGAAGAAAAAAAAUACAACGGAUUUAUGUUGCAACUGUUGCCAGUGUCAAGCAAUAAAUAAAAGUUAACAAAUAUUUGUAGUAAAAUUUAACAAAUUUUGUGUAUUGGUGGCUUUGCUGUUGCCUGGUUCUGUUAUAGAUACCAACGUCUGGCUGGAUUCUUUUUUUCGUCCCCUUGCCUUCACAUCAUUUGCAGCAUCAGAAAUCAUUUCUUUGGUGCUCUUUUGGAAUCAAAAGAACUUUUUUUUUCUUAAAGUGUCCAAGUGUGCGCGUGUGUGUUUGUGUGUGCCUGUGUCUGCGGGGGAAUGAGAGUCUGAUUUUGUGGUUUUAACGAUUAAUCAUUUUUAUAUGGACUCAAAUGGACCACAUUGGACUAAAAUGACAAGGAAUACUGCUGCUGAUGGUAUGGUGGUUGCGCUAUCGACGGUGUUAUCAUUUAUCGCUAAACUAUCGAAGAAUAAAUCGACUGCCCUCUCUCUCAAAAUUUAAUUAAAAUGUUUGCCAAUAAAAAUCAAUUUAUUGCGGUAAAGUUUUUAACUGUUCAUAUGGCCAUUUGCUGCAAAACAAUGAAGACUCAAAAUUUGUGGUUUAUAUGUCUAAAACGUGGCAUCAAAUUCAAGCGUUGAGCGAGCGAUCGUUCAUCGGCAUUGUGUCUAUGGAAUAAUCAUUGUCGGCUUUCGUGCCAUUCGUGAUAUGGGGAAUCUUCAAAAAUUCUUCGUAAGAAUAACGGAAUUCCACUGAGGACAGAUAGAAAUAAUGUAGCGGCAUCAAAAUAAUUUAAAAAAAGAUUUGGUCAACAUAAUAGCUGUGAAAUCAACCGAAACCUUUGGACCCAAGAAAAGGAUUCCUGUGCUGUCAGCAUCAAUCGUUAUUUUGGGAUUAAGUAAUAAAUUAUUAACAAUCAAAAAAGGAAAAGGAGCAGCAGAAGUUCAAGAAAGAAGCUAGCAAACUAAUAUAGGGGUUUUGUGCAACAUUGAAAGUGACAUCAGACGACUUUUGGUGGAUGCCACCAGCAACACGUAUUGUCCUUGCUUACCAAGCCAAAAAGAUAGAAGAAACAAAUAUCAACUCUCAUAUAUUCACACAAGUACUCACAUACAUGGUACUGAAUAUAGCCUUGUCAGAAGGCUAAAAGAAAUGAGGAAAACGUGAUACUAAAGUAAACUCAAUAUUGCAACCUACCUACAACCUACCUCAAAUUAAAGACCUGCCUGGCAAGCGAACAGCGCCCCAGGAAUGCUCAUAGGCCCCAAGUCAGCAUUCAAGCCAAAAUCAUUCAAUCAGGCAGCAAGGCAAGCACUGGAAAAAACUAGCAAACGGCGACCAAGCAUUCAGGCCAGCCAACCAUCUGUACAACAAUUUUGGUUGCUUUAUUAACAAACGUUAUGACUUGAAGGCCAGACACAUUAUUCAACAACCAUCCCAGCCAGCCAGCCAGCCUGCUAUCCAGCCGGCCAGUCAGCCUUUCCAUUCGGUAUAGCAUUGACGAAAAAACUUCCCCAGCCAACGUGUAACAAAUCCACAAUCGUUUCCACACACACACACAACCGGUCUUCCAGCCAGUAACUUUGUUUUUUCUACUUUGAAAAUUUGCUGUUUCCUAGGCCGGCCAUUUGAGCCCAACCAACCUCCUCCUACUUCAUCUUCUGCCAUCUGUAUUCGACGUCAGUGGAUAUCUGCCAAAAAGAAAAGUAAAAAAAGGAGUUAUAGCCAACAAAACUAGUUUCCAUUAUAUCUUGACUGCGUAUUGUGAAGCAUCUUAGCCUCGACCAAGGAGAACAGGGCCCCAAAACAAGGAAACACAAAAUAUUCAAAAAAUUAAAGAUAUUCCUUGUAGCAGAGAAGACAAGCAAACGCAAAAGGCCACCAAAAUAUUCAACAUAAAACUCUUUGCCCUCAUAACAAUUUUGGUGGCCGCUAAAGAAAGAAAGAAGAACGUUGCCGUAACUGGAAUUUAGUGUACAAUGUCCACUUCCAUAUUAGCCGCUUUGUCAUCCUCAAAUGGCAAUGGCAAUACCAAUGGCAACUCCACUACAAACAAUGGUAGUCAUAAUUCGUCAAAUGGCAACGGUAACCGGGAAUUCGUUGAAGGGUGGACACUGGCCCAAACAUUGGGCGAAGGUGCAUAUGGAGAAGUAAAAUUGUUGAUUAAUCGUCAAACCGGUGAAGCUGUUGCUAUGAAAAUGGUCGAUUUGAAAAAGCAUUCGGAUGCCAUCGUAUCGGUGCGCAAGGAAAUUUGCAUACAGAAAAUGUUACAGGACCAACAUAUCCUGCGGUUUUUUGGCAAUCGUUCACAUGGUCACAUUGAAUACAUAUUCCUGGAGUAUGCUGCCGGUGGAGAACUAUUUGAUAGAAUAGAGCCCGACAUUGGUAUGCCACAACAUGAGGCUCAGCGCUAUUUUACCCAACUUCUAUCCGGCAUGCAAUAUUUACAUCAGCGUGGCAUAACACAUCGUGAUUUGAAACCAGAAAAUCUACUCUUGGAUGAGCAUGAUAAUAUAAAAAUUUCCGAUUUUGGAAUGGCGACCAUGUUUAGAUGCAAAGGCAAAGAACGCUUGCUAGACAAACGCUGUGGUACUCUACCCUAUGUAGCUCCUGAGGUCCUAUUGAAGCCUUAUCAUGCUCAACCCGCUGAUAUCUGGUCAUGUGGUAUUAUUCUGGUCACAAUGUUGGCUGGAGAAUUGCCAUGGGAUGAGCCUUCGGUACAGUGCCAAGAGUUCAUUAAUUGGAAGGACAAUGAUCGCUGGACCACACAGACACCUUGGAGCAAAUUGGAUACUUUGGCCAUAUCAUUGUUACGCAAAGUAUUGGCCACAAAUCCCACGUAUCGCAUGACAUUGGAUAAAAUAAUGUCACACAAAUGGUGUAACAUGGAAUUCAUUGACAGUGAUCGUUCACGAGAUCUGGUGGACUCGGCCGCUGCCCUAGAGAUACGUUCGCCCAAAGCCAAGCGUCAACGUCAAAUGUCCAGCCAUCACAGCACCAAUAGUAAUCCCAACAUCGAUGAUACCAUCUCCCGCAAUUAUUGUUCGCAACCUUUGCCAGUAUUCAAGCAUGACUUUGAAGCUCCCUCAAAUCCUGAAGAGGCCGCUGAUCAUCCUGCUGCCCGCGAACAUCGUUUGGGUUUCUGUUUCUCUCAGCCCGCUAUGUUGGAUGAUCUAUUGUUGUGCACACAAAUGAAUCAAACUCAAUCGGCAUCCCAGAAUCUCUUCCAGCGUUUGGUGCGACGUAUGACAAGAUUCUUUGUCACCAUGCGGCAAGAGGAGACUAUUAAGCGACUGGUGGCCACAAUUGAAAAGUUGGGCUAUACAUGGAAAAUCUGUGAAGAUAAUCUGGUGGUCACCAUAACUACCAUAGAUAGGCGGAAAUUGCAUUUAGUAUUUAAGGCGCACAUAAUCGAGAUGGAUGGUAAAAUACUUUUGGAUUUCCGUUUAUCCAAGGGCUGUGGUUUAGAAUUUAAGCGUCGUUUUAUAAAAAUUAAACAGUUGAUGGAAGAUGUGGUGCUAAAAGGUCCGGUGACCUGGCCCAUAGCUAUUGCCACAAAUUGUGUACCCUAAAGGGGAAAGCUGUCAAGCGAACACAUUUAAACUUGUUGAAGGCAAUAGCUGAGGGGAGAAUAAUUAAUUUUUGGACAAUUUUUAUAUUGAUGAAUAUAUAUUUUUUGUAUUAUCA